UCAGCAUAACAGCCAGGUGGGCGGAGUUUGUGCGUCUCUUUCGGAGCCUGAGAAUUAGUCGGAGCGGAGCACUGCGGUGAAGAAGUGACCGGCGAGGAAGUCCAAACGUGGAUUUUACAUCGUAACAAGACGUCUCAAGUGCCUGGAGAGAAGAUAUGGCUGCCAUUCGCAAGAAGCUGGUGAUUGUCGGCGAUGGAGCUUGCGGUAAAACAUGUCUCCUCAUCGUUUUCAGCAAGGACCAGUUUCCGGAAGUUUACGUGCCAACCGUGUUUGAGAACUACAUAGCGGAUAUCGAAGUUGACGGAAAACAGGUGGAGUUGGCAUUGUGGGAUACUGCAGGCCAAGAGGACUACGACAGGUUGAGGCCUCUUUCCUACCCGGACACUGACGUCAUCUUAAUGUGCUUUUCCAUUGAUAGCCCAGACAGUUUAGAAAACAUUCCAGAGAAGUGGACUCCUGAGGUGAAGCACUUCUGUCCCAACGUUCCCAUCAUCCUGGUGGGGAACAAGAAAGACCUGAGGAACGACGAUCACACGCGGCGAGAGCUGGCCAAGAUGAAGCAGGAGCCGGUGAAGACAGAAGAAGGCCGAGAAAUGGCCACCAGGAUCAACGCCUUCGGCUACCUGGAGUGCUCGGCCAAGACCAAAGAUGGCGUGCGGGAGGUAUUCGAGAUGGCCACCAGGGCGGCGCUGCAGGUCCGCAAGCGCAAGAAGAGAAGCGCCUGCGCGCUGUUGUGAGCCACCUGUCCACAAACACACACGCACACACACACACCGUGAGAAAACAGACUUGCCUUUUUAUCGAAGGGCAUCUUUGUACUGUGUGCUGCAUUUCACAAUAAGAGUCAGGCAGGCCGAUUGUAUGCAAACAUACAGGAAACGGACUUUGUCCAUAUUAGAAAUGCAUCGUUAUCAAUUCCUUGUCGAUUUUGCUUUUCUUUAAACACACGCAUGUUUUCUUUUGUACUUUGUCACAUGGCAGCCAUGUUCGGAUGCAAUAUUGUCGAGCGAGGGCGGCCAGCAUCAUUUCCUCGCUAAUGUUCCGUCUCUCUGAGGAAGGUGCCGCCCCAGAAAGUGUUUCGCCGCAAAACAGCUAGUGCCUUUUUCUGAGUUGUCUGCACACUUGUGCGCUUGUCAUCGGGAGCAACACCGCGGCCGAGGCGUUUCCGACAACCAACAAAGGAGUUCUUGCCAUUUUUUACCCGAGAUGAGAUUUAAUUUGCCAUUGAAAACGACACGACGUAGUGAGAGUAACUCAACACGUUGGCUGCAGAACCCUAACUUCCUCCUCGUGUAGAACUAGCUCCGCUGUUUUGGGACCCACCCUUUCUUGGAAUCUGUGCUUGACAGGUAAACCGAUUCAUGCAACUCUUUGUGUCUCCGAUUCCAGUGGGUCGGCAUUCUUUUCGUGUUCGGCCCAGUGAGGAGUUAAUGUUUUGUUUUCUUUCUCCCCCCCCGCACUCCUUGACAGAGCAGAUAAGCUUUAGUCUCGGUUCUUACAGAUCAAAUGCAAACAUUGGCGAAGAAGAUGGACCAAAACUGCAACACAUGUCCUCAACAUCCCCAGAAAACCUCCAGCAGCUCUAAAGAUAGCAAAAAUAACAACAACAAAAAAAUAAUCGAACUAUGAUUACCGUGAACUACUUUUUUCCGACGUUUCCUGCGGCUUAUAAAACGUGAUUUAUUAUUAUUUAUUUUUUUGCUAAUGGCCAUAGUGCUCGAUAGGUUUCAAUGAACACAAGCAGACAAUUUUUUUCCUACACAUUUAAGUGGUGUCUAUAAUUUAUGGAUUUUUCUUCACUCGUGUUCAAUAAUCUUCAUGAAACACAAGCAGAAACACUGAAAAGGUGUGUUAUUGUUUGUGCUUUGGCGCCAUCUUCAGCACGACUUUGCUCACUGCAGGUUGCAAAAUGUACUUCCUGUUUUAAUGCCUUGAACCGGAAGUAAAACCGUCCAUAGCGUUCCUGCGCAAAAAGGAUUCUUCAUUCAUCACUCCAAGCGACGUUUGUACGUUUUACAAUGUAACUAAAGCAAUUCAUACUAAAUCGUCCCAUAUGUGAUGUCUGUAGGAGUGUUUUCACGCAUAUUUGUACAUGCUAUCUUAAUGUCGUCAAACUAGCGUCGUUGGCUAAUAUGCUAACAUGUUAACAAGGGUCUGUUAGUAUUAUUAACUCACAAUGGAAUUAUUUUGUACUGUUUCAGUUUCAGAAAUUCAUUCAGUAAAUUCGCCAAAACGUCACCGUGGAGUUAUUGAGUCUAUUUAGCUGAUUGGAGAGCUAUUUUCCGCAGCUAAUGGGUCCCGUGACGAUGACUUCAGUUUUGUUUGAUCAGCCGUUUUACAGGCACCGUUUGGACACAUUUAAGUUAUGUAAAUAAACGUGUACAGAAUUUUUCUGUGUAAAUAUUAAUUUCACAACAUAUAUAUCUGCUGCUUAUAGUCCAGUGCGGGUAAUAUAAGGUAAAAUAUUUUUUCUUCGAGAACUUAGCUGGUGUGCUCUGUAGUCCGGAAAAUACGGUAGUUCCCUAAAAGCAACAUCCCACAGAUGAUACACAAUGCUUACGAGGCCCAGGCACCUUCCUCAGGCAGACUUACCGCUGCUUCUUUUUGCUUGCGUUGCUGAAUGUACCGUUCAAGACUAUGUUGCAAGAUAAGAUGUUGCACGUAACAACCUCCCAGGAACUACAACCUUUACAACUCAAGCUACUUUAUGCCCUUUGUCGGCCGAGCACACAAAAAACUGAGUCGGGCGACAAAAUGACCGGUUGUUUAUUCCGGCUGCCACGCAAUAAUGCACAACAAGCACACGGACGCUGCAAGGAACUGUAAGAAAAAUUAUAAUAAAACUCAUCAGUGGAUAAAAAAUCUUGAGGUGUGUGGCUUGACGCUGGGUAAAAGUAUUUAUUGGGUAAGAGAGGUCUUGCAACUGGGGGGCGUGGCAUUCCCAGAUCCCGGCGAUGCAUGCUACUACAUGUGCAGCCUCUCCAGAGCUGUGGUUCUUCUCCCCCUCCUCCGCCAGUACAAGUGGAACCUCCUCCAAAGUCGCUGCUCGACUUUCCAUGUUUGUUUGUUUUUUUUCCCCCUCACAGAAAGAUAAAAUGUGAUCAUUUGUUCAGAGAGUCAAACUGUUGCUAUCAAAACUGCUGAAUAAUCAAACUCAAAGUAAAAAAUACUCGUGAUUUUAAGAUGCAUGACAGGUAAGGACGAGAAGGUGUUGGAUAAUUAUUUUCAAUGAUUUUUUUGGGAGGUUCCACUGUAUUUGACAUGACAGGAUCCACUUUCAUUCCUGUGAGCUUACUGUCAUACAGCCUUUGUAAACGUACACAGCGAAUGUUCGAUGCCAAGUAAACAUUGUUAAUAAACUAUUUUUGCGACAAUAAA